CUGAAAGAAAGCAAGCAGAAAAUUUAUACUGCAAAACACAAAAGAAGCCAAAAGAGGGAAAAAGAAAAAGCAUUGAACUUUUAAGAGGCAAAGGCCUGUCGUCUUCUUCUCCUUCUGAGACUUCACUUAUACGUUCCUAAUACGCUUCAAUUCAUUUUCUCCUGAUUAAACUUCAUCAUAAUCAACAGAAGAAAAAGGAUGUACAGUGCUACAAACUAAAACUGUAGCAGAGUAAAAGAAGAGAUACAAAUUUGUUAAAAGGAGAAAAAAAAAAAAUUUUUAUUGGAGAAAAUACACCAUGUCUCUGGGCUAUGCCGAAAGGCUUUCCUUCAUAGAAGAUGUGGGCAGCGUUGGAAUGAAGGAGCAUUUCGACCCACCUGAUAUUUUGCAAGAGAAAGUACUAGAUUCUCUCCCUCUCUAUGUUUUUUUUUUUGUUCCGUUGAAUAUUUGUGUCUGACAUUUUCAUUUUUUGCUACAGACUUGUGAUCCUCUCGUGGGUUUAUAUGCCUGAACAUUAAUUUUUUUUUUUUUUUUGGUGGAUUGUUCUGAUAUUUCUGAUUGCUUGCAUUCACUGAAAAAACUGUUUAGUAUCGGGUUUAUAGCUUGGGAAUUAAUGUUGUGUAUAAAUGUAGUUGUAUUCUACGAAGGGUCGCUCUAAUUCUGUUCCAACGGUUUCUGUUGCCUUUUUCUGUUCCACGAUCUGAUUCGUUAUAAUCAGCCGGUAUUGAGUCGAGAGUUUCUGGUCCUAAACCCUGAUUUUAGAGGGGAUUUGUGUAGUCAAUAGCCCGGAUAAAAUCUUGUUGCAGUUCCUUAUAUAGAGAUUCCAUAUUGCCUACGAUAAUGUCAUGUUGUUGUUGGUGAUUGUUGCUGUGCUCUGGCUUAAGAGUACUUGUAAAGCUCGUUAUUGGAUCAAGUUUUCUUGGCUAUGGUUGAUUUCCUUCUGAUAUCUAAUAGAAUGUCUGGGUAAUCAUGGGUGUUUCAAUGAGCCAGGAGGGAAGAUUUCUGGGAUUGAAUUUUGGGGAUCAGAAAAAACUCCAUUGUGGAAUUAUUUGUUGCUGCAUCAACCUGUUCUUUUUUUUUUUUUUUUUUGAAAUUAUUGGAACUUCUUAUGUCUGGGUGUAACUUACUCCAAUACUCACCUCUGUUUGCAGAUUAAAGAACUGGCUAGCUUGAUUCAACAGGUUCCACUGCAAUACCUUUUCGUGGCUUAGUCUUGUUAUUCUUUAGUCUGCCAAUGAUUAAGCCCUAAUUCAUUGUUCAUCUGCAUUUAUAGAGUAAGCACUUAGUAGCAUUCACAGGAGCUGGCAUAUCCACUUCUUGUGGCAUUCCCGACUUCCGUGGUCCUAAGGGAAUUUGGACGCUUAAGCGGGAAGGCAAAGCCAUGCCAGAAGCUUCCCUUCCAUUUCAUAGGGCAAUGCCUAGCAUGACCCACAUGGCUUUGGUUGCACUGGAACGAGCUGGUAUUCUUAAGUUUGUCAUCAGCCAGAACGUUGAUGGGCUUCAUCUUCGGUCUGGAAUUCCGAGGAAGAAACUUGCUGAAUUACAUGGAGACUCCUUCAUGGAAGUUUGUCCAUCAUGCGGGGCUGAGUACGUGAGAGAUUUUGAAAUCGAAACUAUUGGUUUGAAGAAAACCCCGCGGCAUUGCUCUAAUGCACCAUGCAGGUCUAGACUGAGGGACACAGUUCUUGACUGGGAGGAUGCCUUGCCUCCAAAAGAAUUGACUCCCGCAGAGAAGCAUUGCAAGUUGGCUGAUCUAGUAUUAUGUUUAGGGACAAGUUUGCAGAUUACCCCUGCUUGCAAUUUGCCUUUGAAAUGUCUUCGAGGUGGGGGAAAAAUUGUAAUUCUGAACCUUCAGAAAACUCCGAAGGACAAGAAAGCAUGUUUGGUGAUCCAUGGCUUUGCAGAUAAGGUUAUUGGAGGAGUGAUGGAUGAGCUUGAUAUGCGGAUCCCUCCAUUUGUAAGGAUUGAUCUUCUCCAAACAGUGUUAACUAAGGGUUUAAGUCUAGAUGAAAAGUUUGUGAACUGGAACCUGAGGGUAGAAAGUGUGCAUGGAAAUAAAGCUCCACUGCCUUUUGUUAAAUCCAUAGAGGUUUCUUUCUCUGGGAUCCAGAACAUGAAAGAAGUUACCUUAGAUAAGCAACCUCUUAACUUGAAAAGGAGGACGCAGAGGAAUGCAGAACCUUUCGAGGUAGUCUUGAAAUUGUUCUUUGGCAAUGGUUGCAAGUGUUUGUCCACUGACAUCAAAAUCCCGGUUGAUUUCAUGGUCUCCCCAAAAAGUUUUGAGGGUGACCAGGAUUUGAUCUUUGAGAGGUUAAGGGAUAAAGCCAAGAAAAAUCCAUUUUGUGGGCAGACAGCUCUUCUUCAGAGGAAGUCUAUUACAGGGCCAAUGGAAAGCGUGGUGGCAGUCUACGCCAUAGUAACCAACUUUGUCUAUUUCUUCAGAAGUGCUGCUGAACCAGCUGUGGAACGGAAUAUGCCACUUAGCAGUUGCAGCAUUCUGAAAAGGAAUAACGAGGAUGAAAGGGAUAGCAAGACAUCUGUGAAACGAUCCAAAGGUAACCAUGAUGAUCACAGUGACGGAGAAUAGAAAUGCUGGGAACAAAUGCUGGAUACAUAGAUGAUGUAUUGGUGUACAUAUGACUUCAUAGUUCAUAACUUUUGGCCAGUUUACUGCCCAGUUCUUUGCUCGUGUAGAUUGGAAUAACUGUUUAAAACUUGAAGUGAAAGGCAUCAUUCCAUAGGAACUGAGUGAAUUUUGAUAGAAUAUACACGCUCAGUUUGGUCAGUUGCAAAUGUGUAAUUGAAGUCUUUUUUUUUUUUUCCUUUUUUUUGUGAAAAAGUAUUGAAGUUUUCUUCAAUUAGCCAAAUAUAGAGGAUUUAUGGUGAGUAUUGUAGUCGUUUUGGUAUUUUUCUGUGUGCC